GCGCUUCGCUUCUGAGUCAGGAAACAGAAGGAAGAGGCGUUCCACAGAGUAAAAACAAAAAUACAACUCGUUAAAUGAAAACGCUUUCUUUAAUUUUCCAUAAAGUUACCUUUUGGAAUGGUAAAACUGAGAGCGAGGUGUCUGCUCGUCGGAGAUGCUGCAGUGGGAAAAAGCACCCUCUGUCACAUGUUUCACAGUGAUGGAAGUCUGUUCCAGAACAACUACAGCAUGACAACAGGAAUUGAGCUGCUGGUGAAAUGUGUCAAUAUCCCAGAGACAAAUGACAGCGUGGAACUUUAUAUCAUCGACUCUGCAGGGAAGGAGACAUUUGUUGAAGCGUGUGAGAAAAUGUGGGGCCAACCGUCACUGUUAUGCUUGGUUUUUGACCUGACCAAUGAGCAGUCAUUUUCCAACUGCAGCUGCUGGAUGGAAAGAGUUCAUGCCCACUGCCAGGACCACCAUAUUCCAGGUGUUCUAGUGGGCAACAAGUCAGACUUGUCUGCUCGGAGGGAGGUGCAGACAUCCGUGGCCCAAGAAUGGGCCCAAAGCCAGGGAUUGGAGUACUAUGAGACAUCUGCUAAAGAGAUGGAGAACUAUGACGCCCCACUGCUGAGUUUAGCUCGGACCUUCCAGUCUCUGUACCAUCAGAGCAUCGAGACCAUCCAGAACCUCACUCCAGGCUAGACUACUCUCUACUGACGCAAAAACACAUUUAGCAUUUCACCAACACCUGGAUUUCUAUUUUAAAAGCUUUGGUGCCCCAAUCCUUGUUGAUGCAGUGUCGCGUUUUCUUUUGUUAUUGGCGUAAUUAUCAUUAUAUUUUGAUUUAACUAUGAAUAAACUUGUUAACAAUCCUUUC